CGUACCUGGUUGUACAACUGCACGCUCCGCAGAAAAGCGGUCUCGCAGCGUAGGUGGGACACGAUAACACUAUCGCCGUUUCCAGAAGCGGCGAGGGUUCCCACGAAGAAGGCAUAUUAGAAGCGCAGUGCUGUUGAAGCGGUCACGCCACCAUGGCCAACGUCUUCUACUUGCUGAGCCUACUGGCGUCGCUGACUGUUUGGCAGUCUGCUGCGGAUGACCAGUGCGACUCGGUGGAGUGCCUGCCCGUCCCUGGACCACUGUGUGCGCUGAACGAGGAGACCGGCAACAUGGCGCUCUUCGCCGACGAGUGCGUUCUGCGGUGUAUCAACUGCAGGAUGACUGCAGAUUUCAAGAAGGUGAACAGUUCGCUCUGCAGCACCGGUACAACGUACAUAACUGUUUGUCCAGACUUUGCCCGAAACCAUGGCAAUGAAGAUACAAAGACAGAGGAUCCCGAUGAUGGAAUCGCCGUGAUACGGAUAGACCUGGGACAAGGAGACGGUGAUGUUUACAACGAGGUCCCGCCUGUCUUCGGGGAGUCUCUUCCGGUCCCACUGCCGCUGCUGUCCAUGGGCAGCGACCUGCUGCGGCGCCUCGUGAUGUCCGGACCGCCGGAGCCGCCCCCUCCACCGCCGGAGGGCCUCACGCUCAUCUCAGCGGACGUCAAGGUGGACGUGAUCAUCAACAUGCACGGCCCGCCUCCGCCGCCACCUCCGCCGCCCCCGGCAACACGCCUCGUUCUCCCGCCCCCACUGGCGCUGCCCCGCCUGCCGCUGCUGGCGCCGCCACCCCCGCCUCCGCCGCAGCGGCAUUUUCCUGACCAGCGCUACCAGCCCCAGGAGUCGGACGUGAGCUCCGCUUCGCCGCAGACAGCUCGGCCCUCUGCUAUAGCCACUGCCGUCGCCGCUCUCGCCGCUAUGGUUGUGGCCGCGCGCCACGUCUAGGCGCGAGCUGCUCCGUGAGGAACGACCCCAACCGUGCACAAUUUGGGAUACAAGUCGGAUGCUCCUUAGGUGUAGGAUUCUCCCAAUUUCUAACAUCACUGUUGUAUAUGCAAGUCCUGACUGACUCAAAACUGUUACUUACCUUAACCAAACGUGUUUCAGCAAAGUCUUGACAUCGUCAGUUACUUUAAUUUCCGAUAAUAUGAAAAAAAUACAGGAGAUUAGAAAACGUAACUAGAAUAGACAGCUACUUUUAUGACUGCUGGAUGAUUUACAGCUUCUAGGUACUACUAAAAAAUAAUUUUUUUGGUACAAUAGUUGUAUGUCACUAUACUAAAACUGUUAGUUUCCGUCAAAUGACAAACCAUCCUGAAGCAUCAAAGACUUUAAUUACAGUACAUGUCUCCUAUCAUGAUCAUUUGUAUCUAGAUCAAUGAACUACAUCUGCUUUAUGGAAUAUAGGAAAGUACCCAAUUUAUUCAAAAGGUUAUAUGUUAACAGGACAUAGCACAGAAUUAGUAUGUGCUUUGUCCUGUAAACGUAUUGCCUUAUGUAUAAAUUGGAUACCUUCCUACAUUUUUUUGAUCUAGAUAUAAAUGAUCAUGAUGUAGUUCCUGUUAUUAACGUACUUUUUUGUACCCGAGGGUAGCUUGUUAUUUGAGCUAGAAUGGUAGAUUUAAUAAACCGAUAUAUAGCUUUUGUGCCCAAUCUUAAUUUUCUGACUCUUUGACCCCAUAAAUUUAAUUUUUCCAAUAUUUUUCGGAGUAUAAAUCCAUCGAGAACACCAAAAUGCAGUCGUAACAUAUUUCGGUAACUCAAAACUUGCUUUGUAUUCAGCGAAUUGACAUAUCCCAACAGACACGGACAAAUCACGAUAAUAACUCAGAUUGCGUAACAAAGUUUUUGUGCUAUUUGUCACCCAUACAUUUCCAUUCAUCAGCUUUUAAAAAUAUUUCGUUCAAAUUUCAGCUAGAGGAAAAUAGGCAAGUGUAGCUGCAACUGAAAAUUCUCAGUACUAUGUCAUUAUUCUCCAACGAUUAUAAAGAUUACUAAUUGCCAGUAAAAUUAGGAGUAAAUAAAUCAAAAAUGAUAAUGUACCUCAACGUUCUUAUUUCUCUCCAUGCCUUUUUCCUCUAUGUCGUUUCCUGCUUCACUACCACUUAGAAUGAACGUCGUGCUAAACACACAUUGUGAAAGGAUGAAAUUGCGUUCCUAGCUGUGAGACUUGUAAGUAAGCACCCACUACCAACUCCUUACCCUGCCCGUGCCUAAAGUAUUCUAUUCGUCUCCUGCUACACGCGUGAUUCGACGUUGUCUCCCCGAUCACAGGACGGAAAGGGGUAGCAGAAAUCUGCUUAAAUAAGAUUGCAGAUUCAGAUAUGUACAUUUUCAUAAAGACCAGAAAAAAAUUAAAAAUCACACAGAUUAAUCAAGGUAAAUAGGCUUUCCAAUAGGUGAAAGAAGGGCCAGGAUACCAGAAAGUUAUUACUGGAAUGCUAGACAGCACUCAGUUAAAAGUUGCGCCCCAGUGAUGGAUCAGAGAUGAGGACCGUUAAUUCAACCUUUGAUCAUACAAGACGAGCAAGUGCAGCACUCUUUCUUUUCACUGACUUCUUAAUAUAACCAUUCGUUGAGUUUGGCCACUGUUCACUACGAUAACGGUGCCACAGUGAGAACAACAAACUUAGGUGCUCAUCAGGUUAUACAUAUUAUGAUUGGGUGGCCUAACAAUGGAAAAGUUGUAGGACAAUGCAAAGGAUCGUGGAAUCUAGGUCAAGGCUCCUAUUAACAAAUAUUCAUUUGCUCUAAAGACUGUCAAAAAUCACAGUAGAAAUUAACAGUGAACGAAGUUCUCCAAAACUCAAAUACAAUUACAAAAUGACGCCUGACUCCGAUGGAGGUACCAAAAAGUAUGGACGACUGUUAAGAUAAAGCACAACGAGAUCUGCUCUUCAGGGCAUCCCCCGAAAUCAAAGUUCACGAUACAACGAGAUGUCACAAAUUGUAACCAAUCGUCUUGAGGUUGAAGCUCUUCUGUCUGUGUUGGGUUACAAAUAAUUUUUUUUUUUUGGAAGAGGUCCGCCUUGAGCAAAACACGUUUUUCUUUCUUCUAUAACCCAUACGUGUUCCUCUGAAGUUUCAUCAUCUUAAGUGGGAUUUUUUCUUAUUUCUAUUAAACAACAGGAAAAUGAUCUUUAGUACCUCUACACAUAAACAAUUUGAGUUUUUUAAUAAAAUACUUACAAAUUUGAAAAACAAAGUUUUGUACUUAUACCUUGUUACCACGUGCGGUGAUUUUCCUGUGUUUUAUGUUUUGCAUUAAAGUUAUUUUCCUUUUACGGUCUGUCAUCUGCAGUCAUGUAGAACUUACUGUAGAACAGUAACUUACCUCGAAAUUUUACGACUGGGAAUAUU